CGGGCGGGGGGCGGGCUGGCCGGCCGCGGAGGGUGCUGGGAAGGGGAGCCGAGCGGAGCCGAGCCGAGCCGGGUGGCGGAGCGCAGUAGAGCGGUUCGCGAUGCCGGAGCGCGACAAUGAACCGUUCUCCAACCCUCUGGCCCCUGAUGGCCACGAUGUGGACGACUCGCACUCCUUCCACCAGUCCAAGCUGACCAAUGAAGACUUCAGAAAGCUUCUUAUGACCCCACGGGCUGCGCCAACAUCUGCGCCACCCUCCAAAUCUCGCCACCAUGAGAUGCCCCGGGAGUACAACGAAGAUGAAGAUCCAGCAGCUCGCAGAAGGAAGAAGAAAAGCUAUUACGCAAAGCUGCGCCAGCAGGAGAUAGAGCGCGAGAGGGAGCUGGCUGAGAAGUACAGGGAUCGAGCCAAGGAGAGGAGAGAUGGUGUGAACAAGGACUACGAGGAAACAGAGCUGAUCAGCACAACUGCCAACUACAGAGCUGUGGGGCCGACGGCAGAGGCGGAUAAAUCUGCUGCGGAGAAGAGGAGACAGUUGAUCCAGGAGUCCAAGUUCUUGGGUGGUGACAUGGAGCACACUCACUUGGUGAAGGGUCUGGACUUUGCGCUGUUGCAGAAGGUACGGGCUGAGAUUGCCAGCAAGGAGAAGGAAGAGGAGGAAAUGAUGGAGAAGCCCCAGAAGGAAACUAAGAAAGAUGAAGAUCCUGAGAACAAAAUUGAAUUUAAGACCCGGCUGGGUCGCAACAUCUACCGCAUUCUGUUCAAGAACAAGGCUUACGAGCGGAAUGAGCUGUUCCUGCCGGGGAGGAUGGCCUAUGUGGUAGAUCUGGAUGAUGAGUACGCCGACACCGAUAUCCCAACCACGCUGAUCCGGAGCAAGGCUGACUGCCCCACCAUGGAGGCACAGACCACGCUGACCACCAAUGACAUUGUCAUCAGCAAACUGACUCAGAUCCUCUCCUAUCUCCGGCAAGGGACCCGCAACAAGAAGCUCAAGAAGAAAGACAAAGGGAAGCUGGACGAGAAGAAGCCCCCUGAAGCUGAUAUGAACAUCUUUGAAGACAUUGGGGAUUAUGUGCCCUCCACUGCGAAGAUACCACGGGAGAAGGAGCGGGAGCGGUACCGUGAGAGAGAGCGCGACAGGGACCGGGAGCGCGACAGGGACCGAGAACGUGACAGGGACCGGGAGCGUGAGAGGGACAGGGAGCGGGACCGGGAGCGGGAGGAGGAAAAGAAGAGGCAUAGCUACUUUGAGAAGCCCAAGGCUGAUGAUGAGCCCACAGACAUCGACAAAGGGCCCGGCUCAGCCAAGGAACUCAUCAAGUCCAUCAACGAGAAGUUUGCUGGAGCCGCUGGCUGGGAAGGAGCAGAGUCAUUGAAGAAACCAGAAGACAAGAAGCAGCUGGGGGACUUCUUCGGCAUGUCGAACAGCUACGCCGAGUGCUACCCCGCUACAAUGGACGAUAUGGCCGUGGAUAGUGAUGAAGAGGUGGACUACAGCAAGAUGGAUCAGGGUAACAAGAAGGGGCCUCUGGGCCGCUGGGACUUCGACACGCAGGAGGAGUACAGCGAAUACAUGAACAACAAAGAGGCUCUGCCCAAGGCGGCUUUCCAGUACGGGAUCAAGAUGUCUGAGGGACGCAAAACCCGUCGCUUCAAGGAGACGAAUGACAAGGCAGAGCUGGACCGGCAGUGGAAGAAGAUCAGUGCGAUCAUCGAGAAGAGGAAGAAGUUGGAGGCCGAUGGGGUUGAGGUGAAACGCCCCAAGUACUGAUCCCUCCAGUAUCUUCUCCUCCAGCUCCCGGAACCCCGUCCUGCUGGAUGCUGCCUCCCUGGAGCUUACUGGUGUCCUCUCUGUGCGCCUCCCCCCUGCCCCCAGCCCUCACCUUUCUGCUGUGGGUCGGGCAGCUGGUGUUGUCCCCCCACCUCAGGCCUCACGCCGUGGGGCUGCGCUGAGAUUCCCCCCGUGUUUGCUGUACAGCCCGAGACCUGUAAAUGUUGUAGUUUUAAUAAAACUGCCUUAAAUUUG